GGAGCAGCGAGGAGGAGGAGGAGGAGGAAGAGGAGGCGAGGAGGGCGAAGAAGGCGAGGUGUGGGGCGUGAGGAAGGGCAUGGCAUGGCGAAAGGGCGAGAGAGAGGGAGCUGGAGGGUGUGAGUUGCGAGGGAGAUCGAUGGUGAGGGCGAGGAUGAGGAGGCAGGGGCGGCGUGAGGAGGGGCGCCGAGGCAAUGGGAAAGGGGGAGCCGCACGCCGAGGGUUGCUAUACUACGAGUGACAGCCCAAUCCGAAGCACACUGGGGCAUCUAAGAGGCUCUAGAGGGCAUUGGAAGCGGUGGUACACGGCCGUGCAAAGUGGAAAAGGACGAAAUACAGCUGUGGCAUCAUCACUGAGGAGCCUGACAUCGCCGCUGACAGUUAAACGACACUCCGGCAAUGACACUCCGGUGGGCAUAGGCCUAUGUGCUAGAGGAGCAGGCAAACCAGUAAUUCCUUUCGGCUUGUAUCCCGCCCACACAUCAGGACGCGUGAGGUAAGCAAUGUUUUUAUUGAUAUGCGAAGUAGUAUAAACACACAUUAAAGGUUUGUCAAUGUAAUAGUGAGUUGUAUACGAUUAUUAUCAAGCACAAAACACAAAUAUGUAUAUAGACUCAUGUUGUAUAUACAUGUACAUGAUAUAUAUACGGUAUAUGAAUUAUUGGUAGUGACAUUAUUUCUAAUUUUUGGUAUGGUAUUAUUACAUAUUAUAAGUCAUUACAUAUUGUGUUGAAGGAGCGUGAAAUGAUAAAAAUAGAAAGAAAAAGAGGGAUAUGUACUAUGAAAUAUCGAAAAAGUGAUUCAUUACAAAGUGGAUUCUUAUAGUAGGGUUACCGGUAGGCCUACCAGAGUUUUUUUUUUUAGUUAGAAAAUUGGAUAAGUAAGU